AUGGACAAAGCUCAAUCUUUUAUUAAAGAAUGUUUAUUCACAAAGAAUUUUGAUAACCCAAAUAAGCCGAUCGAUGAACAAAGAUUACAGCAAACAUUAUUGUUGAUGCCUACCGAUGGUGGGUUAUCUACUCGUCUGAAGAGAUACAAAAGUUCAACAAAGCUGACUGCCACUAAUAUCGAAGGUAAUUCCAAUAAUCAUAAACAUCCUAAUUAUAGAACUGUCAAUAAAAACUCAAAAAGUGCAUUGCGAAAUUACAUUAAUAAUUGUAAGGACGCCUCAAAAAGAGCUAAAAACAUAGCAAAAGAAAAUAAAAUUAACAAUCGUUCAGAUUUGAAUAAACUAUUACGAGAAAAAUAUAAAGAUCUAUUUGAUAAACUACCUCGUUAUGAAACAUUCCUACCCAUGUAUGAAGAUUUCUGGGUAGAGUAUAUAAAGGAUAUCCUUUCUCUCAGUUCUACUGUGGAAUCAGGUUCACGCCCAAGUAUUAAUGCAAAUACAUCGUUAAUGAAAUUAUCUAUGGCCGACUAUAAUGGUUCACUAUUAAAGAUAGUGAAAAGUAAAAAUAGGAAUAUGACAGGCAUCGAGGGUAUAGUUAUUUGGGAUAGUCAAAAAUCUUUUAUCAUGGUUACAGAGGGUGACUUAAUUGACGACGUAAAAUGUAUACCGAAAAAAGGUACUAUAUUUAGUUUUGAAAUACCUAUCAAUGAAGAAGAGGCAUUGCAGUAUUCUAUCUUAGGUGAUAGAUUUAAAUACAGAAGUGUCGAUAGAGCCAGUAGGAAAUUUAAGGCUCGUAGAUGUGAUGAUAUGUUGUAUCAGCUGCAUGGGGAAUUCAUAUGA